CGUGGAUUGGGAGUGCCGAAGUCGGAUGUGUGGGAAUGCGCGCGUGGAGUAUGACGUCCAGUAAGUCCAGAAAAGUCUGCAGUUCAGGAUACUUCGACAUCGGUAGAAGCUACAAUUCAGAACGGGAUGGCGGUGUGUAGCGUCAAAUGGCGGGAAUUUGAGGUUUUAUCGGGUUGAGGCGGAUGGAUCACAGACGUUGGUGCUGGAGGAGACUUGGGCGUUGAAGGGGUUUCCGCCGAGGUAUUGUGGGGAGAGGUGGCCUUCCAACAACUUUUGGGCCACGUUUUCGUUUGAUACGGUUACGGUUGGGGUUGAGGAAGAGCAUAUUUUUGGGACUGGGCACAAUCAGAAUGAUCUGUACUUCCACGUGCCCACGGCUCGCUGUGAUAACUGACAAGGAACACAUGUGUAGGUCUCCUCAAUCAGAAAGGCGAAACUAUUGAUCUGUUCAAGUUUAACACGCUCAACCCUAUCCCAGUAUUCAUGUCAAACGGAAGUUAUCUCUUUUUCCGGAAUAUCCCCUCCAAGGGCCGCAUGGAGUUCUCCUCCAACCGUACGCGGAUCAUAACUCACUCCACAACCGUCGUUGACUACUACGUCGCCGUGGCAGCCAUCGGUGACUACGACUCCCUCCUCGAGAAACAUACAGGGGGACGUAAAGGAGCAGUACAUGUUUGGACCUAAGCUGCUUGUGGCGCCGGUGACUGAGCCCGGGGUAACGGAGGACCAUGUCUAUCUUCCGAAACUACCUUCAGGUCAGCAGUCACGAAUUGGACCUAUUGGUUGGACUGGAGAAACGUACCAGGGAGGAGGAUGGGUUAGCGUUUCAGCUAAUAUUUCUUGGAUUCCUAUCUUUGUGCGUGGGUGUCAAGAGGAUGUCCUUAGCGGAAAUGCUUUUGCCUGGUGUUGAGGCAACCUCUCCUG